AUGGCAGAGGUAACCCUGGAGUUCUUACAGGACCUGAUCAAGGAUGACGAACCAGACGUUACAGUCAACUAUUUUGAGGGAGCGCCCGGUUCAAAGCGCGGAGACAAUUACACCUCCAUGGUAUACCGGAUCACACUCAAAGGAAUCCGACGUCACAUCGAGCCGGGAUCCAACGAAUCCGAAGAUCCGUGGGAGAGUUCCAUCAUCUACAAAUGCCUCCCAGAAAGCGUACAUCUCCGUGACGCAUUCAAAAGCGACGAGUUAUUUUGCAACGAAGUUGCAUUUUAUAACAAGAUCUGGCCUUCAUUGAGCAGCUUCCAGAAACUUUGGGACGUGAAGACUCCUUUUAAAUCCAUACCAAAAUGCUAUUUAGCGCAGAGCGACACUGUGGUACUAAAGGAUUUAAAACGAUUGGGCUUUGUAAUGCCGGACCGGAGGCAGGGCUUGAGUAUCGAACAAUGUUACUUUGUGCUGAAGCAUUUGGCGCAAUUUCAUGCGUUGUCUUUGGCUAUGAAGUGCCAUAACCCGGAGGAGUUUUAUGAAUUGCUUAAUGUGCAAGAUGGACUAUCUGAAGUAUUCUUCGUAUCAGAGAACGAAGAUUACUACAGGAAUUACUACAAAGAGGCGGCUCUCAACGCGAUCUCUAUGGUGGAAACCGAAAUGGGAGACUUCACCGACAAGGAGCGGUACUUGGAGAAGUUCAGGCAGUUCUGCAGCGAAGAGACCCUCUUCAAGACGAUGGUGGAUUUGGUGACACCAAAGGAGCCGUUGGCGAUGUAUUUGGUAGAUUUCCAAUUAGCAAGAUACGCGUCCCCAGCUCUGGACUUAGCUUAUGUCACUUAUCUGUGCCUGGAAAGGUCGCAGAGAGAGGAGCACCUGACCUCACUCUUGGAAUACUACACCGACGAGCUGCACAGAAGGCUGCUUGAAAUGGGAGACGAGGAGUCUGUCUUUUACACCAGUUUGACGAGGGAUAUUAUGUACGAGAUGCUGCAAGAAGAAUUCAAGCGGUGUGCUCGGUUUGCGCUCGGCAUUGCUCUUGACAUGUACCCGAUCAUGACGUGCGAUAGCAACGAGGCACCUAAUCUCUAUCAAGCUAAGGAAAAUGAAUCCCCCCGUCACGAAUGCACUAAGCCAGUGUGGACCUCAAAUGAGGCUUGUAGAAGGAAAAUGACAGAUCUAGUAAUGGAAUUAGUUGAUAAUGGAUUGUUAUAG